AUGCCUUUUUCCUACCAACUUUCCGGUCAGAGGAAACAUUCACGAAUUAAUCGAGUAUUCCACUCAACAGUGUACUCAGAACACUACCAUCCCAAAAAUCUCAAUUUCACCAUCCGAUCCAAUAAUUCCAUACAAAUCCUGUUCUUAACCUCAUUAAUCCUCUUCGCUGUCUUCGUUGCCGUCCCGUCAAAGGCUCGGUCGAAGGUACCAUUCUCAAUUCCAACACUAGAGACCUUUCAUUUCAUACCCAUCUCACGUCCAAAUCUCAAUGCAUUUAUGCAACAAUCUGAAGUAAUAUAUCAGCGAGGAGUGGCGAAAAGAAGAGAGAUUAGACGUGCUUUUCCAGAUCGAGGGUUCUUUCCUGCCAAGGAUGCAAACACUUUCAAGGAAACUCCAUGGAGUAUUUGGGAUCUAGUGACCCCGAGUUAUGGUUGUCCCUGGGAAAUGGAGAGACUUGGUAGGCUUGGGGAAGGAGGAAAUGACUCCUCAUUCGAAGCCGAAAUACUUGGUCGAAUAAAUUGUGAAGUUUGGGGUUAUGAUCAGCACGUACCAGGUUUUAAUUUUGGUCUGGAAGUAAAUGAAGAAAUGAGAGGAAGGGCGCAUUUUGAGAGAAAUGGAGCAAAUGGAGCUACGGAUGAAGGGAAUCGGCUUUUUACCAUUCAAGAAUUUAUGAAGAGGAAUGGGCAUGAUUAUAUGUGA